GUUAAGGCAUACGUUAAACACAUAGUGCUUGAGAUUUGUUGAGGGAGUAUACCACUGAGUAGUGAGUACCACCGAGCUUCGAUUCAUAGUGGAUUGCGAUCAAGUAGUAAUAGUAAUCUUUGUGACUUUUAAUUUAUUUGAAAACAGAUCCAAAAUGUUUGUGUGGGAUUGGUUUACUGGAGUCCUGGGAAUGCUGGGAUUAUGGAAGAAGUCUGGGAAAUUGCUUUUCCUCGGACUUGAUAAUGCAGGAAAAACAACUCUUUUACACAUGCUAAAGGAUGAUAGGAUGGCUCAACACGUACCUACUCUUCAUCCUACAUCCGAAGAAUUGUCUAUUGGAAACAUGAGGUUCACAACAUUUGAUUUGGGUGGCCAUACUCAAGCUCGGAGGGUCUGGAAAGAUUAUUUCCCUGCUGUGGAUGCUAUUGUAUUUCUUGUUGAUGCCUUUGACACUCAGCGCUUUCCAGAGAGUAAAACCGAAUUGUGUUCACUCUUAGCUGACGAACAGUUAGGACAUUGCCCCAUCCUCAUUCUCGGGAAUAAGAUUGAUAGGUCUGGCGCUGCUUCUGAAGAUCAGUUGCGUUCUUAUUUCGAAUUACACAACACAACGGGAAAGGGGAAAACUCCACGAUCAGAACUAUCUUCGCGGCCGUUGGAAUUGUUUAUGUGCUCAGUUCUCAAACGUCAAGGCUACGGGGAAGGUUUCCGCUGGUUAGCCCAGUAUAUUGACUAAAAGAAAUUUGUGUUUUUUUUUUUAAAUAAUAUUUCAAAAGGGCUGUACUCCUUAGGGAUUCUGUAUUUGUCAAAUAAAAUAAAUGAAGCGGC